CACUAACCCAUCUUUUAACCAAAUUCAUAUCUGUUUCCUUCCGUAAGUAAAUCCCCCUCUUCCACAGAACCCACACAAAGCCCCUUCUCUUCCUCUUUGGAGAUUUUAGGGUUUCAUCAUCUAACACACAGUGACAGUCGAAAAUUUAGGGUGUUUUUUGGUGUUCUGCAUCACUUCUUUUUGAUAAUCGUAAUCUUAUGUUGAAAGUUUGGUUUUUAUUUACAAAUUCUGUGUACAAUCCUCAUUUUUGUUGCCAAUUGAUCUUUCAAUGCCUGUAUGCUGUUUCUCUAUUUGGUAGCUAGAAAACCCUAGAGAGUUCGAAGCCGCUUGCUUUGGGGCGGGCGAUUUCGCAGCCGUUACAGUGGAAUAUUAGCGAUAAGUUCGUUGCUCUUGGUUUCGUAAUACCGCAUGAUUUUGAUUUGAUUGAUUGGGGGCAGUAGGUUAGGUUUCUUUUACUCGUGUUUCGAUGGCGCCGAGUCGGAGAAAAGGUGCCAGUAAAGCCGCCGCAGCCGCCGCCGCUUGUCGGCAGUGGAAGGUUGGCGAUCUUGUUCUUGCCAAGGUGAAAGGGUUCCCUGCUUGGCCUGCUACGGUGAGUGAACCGGAAAAGUGGGGGUACUCUGCUGAUUGGAAAAAAGUUCUAGUCUUCUUCUUUGGAACCCAGCAAAUAGCGUUCUGCAAUCCGUCUGAUGUUGAAGCUUUUACCGAAGAGAAGAAAGAAUCUCUACUGAGCAAACGUCAUGGUAAAGGUGCUGAUUUUGUUCGUGCUGUAAGGGAGAUAAUUGAUAGCUACGAGGAGCUAAAAAAACAGGAGCGGCAAGUCAAUGGUGUUAAUACCAUCGGUCAAGCCACUUCGACAAAUGGAGUCAAAUCCGAGGAAUGUAUUGCAAGUUCUGGUUCGAAAGACGAGGCUCUCACACCGACAGUUGACUCGUGCUCGAAAAUGUCGGAUUCUCCAAAACGUAAUGAUGGUCCUUGCGAUGGUGAUGCCAUGACUACAGAAGACGUUCUUCACAAGGGGGAUAAAAUGUCGAUAGAUCCCACCGGUCAUUUGGCGGUCACGAAGGCACCGUUGCCUACCACAUACUCGAGAAAGAAAUACUCAAGUACUCGUGCGUCAACGAUGCAUGGAAGGAUACCAUCUGCUCGUAGAUCAAGAAGUUCGGUUAGAGCAGAGUCUUGCAGAUUUCAGAACGUUCCGGAAGGCAUUGAAAUGAAUAAUGGUAAUUUAUCUAACGUAUCAAGGGACGGGGCCCAAAGAAGGACGAAAAGGGUCAGGACAUCACCGGGUUCAUCUGAUGGACCAGAUAAGGAUUUACCUCUUGCUUCAAAUGCAAGUCCUGAAGAAAAUGGUUCUGAAAUUGUGACUGUUGAUUCCGAUACCAAGAGUUUUAAUGAGGGAAACUGUGUACAAUCUGGUUAUAAGCUUAUGGAACAUGAUUAUGUAACGGAAUGUUCUGGGGGAGACAUGCAGCUGAGUCAGACACUUGAAUUUCAAAAUAAAGCCGUUAUUGUUAAGAAGAAAAGAAAGCCCAGUAGAAAACGUGCUAUAACCGUUACCACGGAGUUCCCGGAUAGAAUCAACAAGCAAUCUUGUGGUGUCGAGAUGGAUAAAAGCGAACCUAUUCAGCAUGCUGAUCUUGAAAAAUCUAGCGGGAAGUAUACCAAGGAAGACGGUGAUGAACACCUUCCACUAGUAAAACGGGCCAGGGUUCGGAUGGGUCGUACGUCAUCAUCUAUGGAAGAACCCGUAAUUAGACCGAAGCAGGACUGUGCAGUCUUGAGUGAUGGAGAAGAUAUGUCGGCAGAGGGAAACUCGUCAGCAGGUAGGGAAGAAUCAGACGCUUUAUUUAUGUUAAGCAAAUGUAGUGUUAAUAAGCCACCAUUAUGGGAAGCUAACAAGCAUAAUAAGCAUUUUGGCUGUUUAGCUGAUGGUGAAGCUGCUUUACCGCCAUCUAAACGACUCCAUCGUGCUCUUGAAGCCAUGUCUGCAAAUGUUGCAGAAGAAAAACAAGUUUCUCCUGAAGGACCAUCUGCCAUGAAAACUAUCAUAAAUGGAUCUCUUUCUUCUUCGAUUGACUGCUUUAAUUUGGCCAUCGAGAUUAAAGAAACAGACCAGCCCGAAGUACAAAAGGUGAUCGUUCUCGGUAAUGGCGAUUUAGCUCCACCACUUGAUCGUAAUGAGACAACUGACAAGAUCAAUGGCUGCAAUCAACCUUCAAGAACUAGUAAUAGUCCAGAAGACGGGAUUUUAAAAGAUGACAACGUAAAGCCCGUGGAAAUUUCCGAUAGUAAGGAUGCCGUCAUACUGUCUUCUUGUGUGAAAACGGUUGAAGUCCUGCAAAGCCCGAAACCUUCAUCGGAUGCUAUCGAGAAGAAAGAGUCUCUUCCUGAAUGCAAUAAUACUACUGCUGUUGCAAAUGAAUCUGAAUUUGAAACUUCGGAGUUGAUUGAGCUCAGCAAAAAGGAUCCUUCAGAUGUUUCUGGGGUGAGUUCAGAUCCUAUAUCGAGCAACGUGGAGAAUGGAGUUAUUUCACACGAUGAUGCCAAUUUGUUGAUGCAAUCUUCUCCCCAGAAAAGCUGCAAUAUGGCAGAUAAUCCAUUUGAAGAUGACAGCAAUGGCAAUGCAAUACUGGAAGAUACCGAAGCAACUAAAAGAUCGAAUAUGGAAGUAGAUGAUGAUCCUCCAUCUCUAACCACAGUGAAGGAGUUGAAGACUGUUGCCCCGGGUCCUGAACUUUCAAAUUCGACUUCUAUUUUUGAAGAUGGCUUGAGCCAUAAAAUUGAGUCAGGUACCCGGACAUCUUCUCCUCCGAAUGAUGCGUUUGACUCAACUGCACGAGCCUCUCCACCCAAUACUUCCAUUUGCAACAUAUCUACUUCAGAUAAUAGUAAUUUCCUUGAAAACAGUGGCUGUUGUAGUCCUGCUGUGCAUUUGUACCAUGAGAAACCAAAGCACGCCAGCAAUAAAUGGAGCACGAUAUCAGAAGCAAAUGCUGCUCUUACGUCUUUUGAGGCCAGUCUUGCGGCAUUAACACGGACUAAAAAAAGCAUCGACCGAGCCACGCGAAUCGCAAUUGACUGUGCAAAAUUUGGCAUUGCUGUCAAGGUGGUGGAGGCUAUUGCCCGCAGUUUGGAAGCUGAACCUAGCUUACAUAAACGGGUGGACUUAUUCUUUCUUGUGGAUUCUAUUGCACAAUGUUCUCGAGGGCUGAGAGGUGAUGUGGGUGGCUUGUAUCCGUCAGCGAUCCAAGCGGUGCUACCACGGUUAUUGUUGGCGGCUGCUCCUCCGGGGAGUAGUGCACUUGAAAAUCGUAGGCAGUGCUUAAAGGUACUGAAACUGUGGCAAGAAAGGAAGAUCCUUCCAGAACCAAUGAUCCGUCACCAUAUUCGUGAGCUUGAUUCCCUCAACAACAUGUCUUCUAGGAUUAGUAAUUCACGCCGGCCCUUUAGGAACGAAAGGGCGUUUGAUGAUCCGGUUAGGGAAGUCGAGGGUAUGCUGGUUGAUGAGUAUGGAAGCAAUUCGAGUAUACAACUAUCCGGUUUCUGCAUGCCAACAAUGCUGAAGGAAGGAAAAGAAGGGAGCGAUUCUGAUGUGGAGGGUUUCGAGGCUGUAACUCCCGAGCAUAAUCUUGAAAUUUCCGAGGAACGUGAUGGGGUGCCGACACCUGCCGCCGAUAAGCAUACCCAUGUCUUGGAGGAUGUUGAUGGCGAGCUUGAAAUGGAGGACGUGGCUCCCUCUCGUGAAGCUGAAAUAACCGACUCUACUAAUAACGGUCUAGGAAAAGUUGCAAUACAUCCGCCAUUGUUUGCCCCUCCAUUGCCCAAAGAUUUGCCGCCAUCAUCUCCACCUCUGCCUAAUUCCCCGCCACCUCCACCACCUCCAUCUGCCCUUCCUCCACCUCCUCCCGCCUCUCUUCCUCCACCUCCUCCCGCCUCUCUUCCUCCACCUCCUCCACCUGUCCUUCCUCCUCCCCCUCCAGCCUCCCUUCCUCCGCCCCCUCCAGCCUCCCUUCCUCCGCCCCCUCCAGCCACCCUUCCUGCACCACCUCCAGCCACCCUUCCUGCACCACCUCCUUUACCAGAGACCGUGGGUAACUUUUCUGAUGCCAAUCUACCGGAGUCAUCUAAUUCUUGCUCUUACGGUAGUUUACCAGUUCCUCGGCCACCUCUUCAAGCCGCCAAUAAUGUCCAUCUGAGGCCACCGCAUCCUACUCCAUCGUCUCAGUUCUCGUACUUUCAAUCCGAUCGGGAAAUCCCACCGCCUUCGUAUCCCGGCAGGUUCCAUUUCGUCAACAGUACCGACACCGGGAAUUUUCACAGUGAUCAUGACAGAAUGCAUGUAGCCCCACAUGAUGAAAGCUGGAGGUUUCCACCACCUCCUUUUUCUGGUCCAUGCCAUCCCGAUGGCCCGAGGGCACGGUAUCCUCCUAAUGUAUACGGUGGUCCACCUUGUGAGCCGCCAAUGUCCGCCAACACCUGGCAUUAUCCUGUUCGACCUACAAAUCAUAGAGAAAUGACACCGCAUAGACCUUACCCGGAAGCACCUGUUCCCAUGGCAACUAGAGGUCCCAACUUUUGGAGGCCAAGGUGACACACCCAUAUCAGAACAAUCGUAUAGUAUCCCAUUGGAACAUUUCUUUAACUUAUAAGAGACCAAAUUUUCACUUGAAUACAUCGGGAUUUUUAGACGUAUAAAAAACCCGUUGUACAAUCUCUAGCAAGAACCUGUUGCAUCGAACACUUGACGAAGACAUACAUUUCAUGUUUGAUCAAGGGGAACGAGGUUACGAAGGAUGUGCGAAAAUGUCUGCAAUCGUUGGGUUUUUGCUCUGCUUUUGUUCUUGUUUUGAAGGUCAUGAGAUGUUGUCUUUCAAUGUUUUAAGCCAAAUGUUGGAUGUUAAUUUUUAGUCCUUAGUUGUCAAUUAUUGGGGAUGGUGGGCUAAAUUAAAACCUGGGUUUGGCUGGAUGUAUUGGAAGGUUUAAAUAUUGAAAUAUAAUUGUUGGGUUCUUUUUUUCACAUUAUUGAUAUAGAUUUGCCUUUUCAUUUC